UCAGUCAAAGGCACUUGGAUGGGUCAUGCUAAUUCCAGUGAAUCUGAAAUUGUGCCGUGUUUACUUUCCCAUAAAAAUGAUUCCUGAUUCUUAAUGGAGAGAGAGUGCCGUUCCCUCGGAUGUCAACGUUGUCCUUCUAAAUACGAUGUUCUGGUUCAGCAUUUCACAUGGAUGAUCUGUAGGACUGCCAAGGGCUGCUUUGGGGAGAUAACUAGCCAGGGUGACUGAGCCCCGGAGUGUGGUGAAGAAUCAGACUCACAUUUGGGAGACUGACUAGCUUGGUGAUGAAUGUUCCCGUUAGCUUUUCUUAAACCCAGUUUUCUCAUCUGUGCAAUGGGGAGAGCGAGUCCUUGCAGUCCCAGCCUCACAAGAUCCACGUGAAGGAUGACCGCUGGGCGAGCACGAGCAUCUUUGGUGUUUUGGGAGUCAGUGACCUUCCAGGAUGUGGCCGUGGACUUCACGUGGGAGGAGUGGGGGCACCUGGGCCCUGCCCAGAAGGAGCUGUACCGGGAGGUGAUGCUAGAGAACUACAGGAACCUGGUGUGCCUGGCAGGCCUUGCCGUUUCCAAACCGGACGUGAUCUGUCAGCUGGAGCAAGGUGGAGCACCAUGGUGGCCAGAGGGUGGAGUCCCGGGAAGCAGCUGUGCGGUUUGGGACACUAGGCCUGACACCAAGGAGUCAUCUCCGAAGUUGGCCAUUUCUAUAAAAGAACCAUCCAAUAAGACACUUCCACGGGGUGGUCUCUGUGACUCUAAGCUGAGAUGUUCCUGGGACUAUGGUGCAAGAUUAGAGAGGAAGCUGAGUCAAGAGGAGAGCCAUUCUAAACAAGUAAAACUUGUCCGAAGGAAAACUGCCAAUCAAGGAAGAAGAAACGAAUUUGAUAAAUAUGGGAGAAGCUUCGGUCUAGAGCCGAUCCUUUUUCCACAACAGAGAGAAUUGAUUGAAAAAAGUCUCCGUGAGUAUGACAUGCAGGAGAGCUUCAGGCUGUAUUCAGAGCUAAGAAAAUGUAAUAAUAUAUGCUCAAAGAAGAUAUUGUCUGUGUAUAAUAAAUGUGGAAGAUCCUUCAGGUAUAAUUUAGGACUUAUCAAAAAGCGUGGAAUACAUAUUGGAGAGAAAACUUACAAAUGUAAUGAAUGUGGCAAGACUUUCCGUCAAAGCACAGGACUUAUUCAACAUCAUAGAAUUCAUACAGGAGAAAAACCCUAUAAAUGUAAUGAAUGUGGGAAGGCCUUCCGUCAGAGUUCAGGCCUUAUUCAACAUCAUAGAAUUCACACUGGAGAAAAACCUUAUAAAUGUAGUGAAUGUGGAAAGGCCUUCUGCCAAAACUCAGGCCUUACUCAACAUCAGAAAAUUCAUACUGGAGAGAAGCCUUAUGAAUGUAAUGAAUGUGGGAAGGCUUUCCUCCGGAAUACUGAGUUAACUGAACACCAGAUAACUCAUACUGGAGAGAAACCUUAUGAGUGUAACGAGUGCGGGAAGGCCUUUUGUCAGAGGGCAGAACUUAGUCGCCAUCAUAAAAUUCAUACUGGAGAGAAGCCUUAUAAAUGCAAUGAAUGUGGGAAGGCCUUCCGCCAGAUUACACACCUUACUCAGCAUCAUAAAAUCCACACUGGAGAGAAACCUUAUGAAUGCAGUCAGUGUGGGAAGACCUUUCGCUACAGCUCACACCUUACUCGACAUCGUAGAACUCAUACAGGGGAGAAACCGUACGAAUGUUAUGAAUGUGGAAAGGCCUUCCGCAGGAGUUCUCACUUUAUUCGACAUCAGAUAAUUCACACUGGGGAGAAACCUUAUAAAUGUAGGGAAUGUGGAAAGGCCUUUCGCUGGAGCACAGGACUUAGUCGACAUCAGAGAACUCAUAACGGAGAGAAACCUUAUUAACGUAAAGGAUGUGACGAAGUCUUUUAUAGUUCCUGCCUUCUUCAGCAGUAGGAAUUUAUACUGGAGGGAAGUCUCAUGAAUGUAAUCAGUAUGGGAAUGCUUUUUCUCAGGCCACAGAGCUUAUUCACCAUCAGGUAAUUCAUAGUAGAGAGGAACAUGAAUAUAGUGAAUGUGGGAAAUCCUUUCCCCAGCAAAUAAAAUUUAGUAAAUGUCAGAUAAUUAAUCCUGGAGAAAACCUUUAUGAAUGUAAAGAAUGUAAAGGGAAGGCUUUUAUCCAAAGAGAAUACCUUACAAUAAAUCAUAGAUGUAGAGCUAAAAGGGGCCUCAGUGAACAUGUAGCCCAAACCCCUUUUUAGUGAUGUGGAAAUUGAGGCCCAGGGAGGUGAUUUGCACAAGGUCACACAGGCAGGCUUUCCCACCUGAGAGCUGGAGGGAAAUCCCUCCAAACACAUAUAGCCCUAGAGAACUAUGGAGCUUGAGGAAAGAUGGGCAGAGUGCCUGCUCAGAAAAGAGAUAAAGAGGGAGGGAGCUAGCCUGGAGUAGAGGAGGAGGGUGAUGUGGUGCCUGAAGUGUUUCAGAAUCUGGGAAAUAGGUCAGGUGGCUUCAGGCAGAAACUCAGUAACUCAAGUCUCCUAAAUGCCUCUCUUUCACCUGCCUUCACAGCUCUAGGGCCCUACCAUCUCCGCUUUAUCACAGGGAGGGCCCCGUGUAUCUCUGACGCAUAUCUUCUCUUCAUGCCUGGCAGGAGGAAUUACCUGGAACAGAGGAGGGCCUCACAUUCCUUGGAGGUUCCUGUCCCCUGGGUCAGGCUGCAACCUGUCGCAGAAAUUUAGAUUUCUUCACCCUCAAGGAUCGCAGAAUCAUAGGUCUGGAGCCGGAAAGCACCUUAGAAGUUGUGAGGAUCAAAUGAAACUUUGUAUGGUGCUUGGCACAGUGCCUGGGGCCUAGCGGGCAUUAUAUAAUGCUGGCUCUUAUUAGAGGAUAGUGAAGCCCUUCCAGACUGGGAGUAUCUAGGUCAGAGAAGAGAAGGCUUACAGAGGGAGGGAAGUAAUACUUGUCUGGGGGCAUAGAAGAAGGAUUCUCUUUGUUCUGUUUGUCCCUGGAAGAGCAGUCAGGAAAGUUUUAAAAGAAAAUUUAGGCUUGACACCAUAAGGGAAAACUUGAUGGCAAUUAGUAGACAAUCCAUCCGUAGGUAGUAGGUGACCCCUCACUGGAUACCUUUAAGCAUGGUCUGAAAGAGAAUUUUGUUGGUAUGUUUGGAGAGUUAGUGUUUAUAUAUAGUCUAAUCUAGAUUGCUUCUGUGGUCCUUUCCAGUCCUGAGAUUCUAUGAUUCUCAUCCUAAGAAUUCAUAGUGGAGAAAAGCCUUAAGAAUGUAGUAAAUGUAACUUUUACUGUGCACUUUCAAAUCACUCUCUUCGGAGAUCCUAUAGAUUUGCAGCUCUGCUACUAAUGAAUGAGUACUUGUCUCUUCACCCUUUUCAUGCACAUUGAGUUGCUGCUUUGGAUUAUUUUUGCUGAUUUUUAUGAGUGUGAGAUGUUACCUCAAUGUUGUUUGUAUCUGCAUCUUUGAUUAUUAGCGAACCCUUUACCUGUAUCCUUGAUCUCAUUCGAUCCCAUCUUCACCAGCAGAAUGCCUUCUCUAUCAUCUCCACUCUCUCUUCCAUCUCUUUUUAUCUACUGGCUCCUUCCCUACUGCCUAUAAACAUAGUCACGUCUCCCCCAUAUUUAAAUACUCUCACUUGAUCUGACUAUCACCAAUAGAAAUUGUCCUAUAUCUCUCCUCUCGUGGCUAACCUUGAGAAUGCCGUCUACAAUCAACGUUUUCAUUUCCACCCCUCUCACUGGCUUCUGAACCCUCUGUACUCUGGCAUUCGGCUUCAUCGUUUAGCUGAAACUGCUUUCUCUAGAAUUACCAAUGAUCUCUUAAUUGCCAAAUCUAAUGAUCUUUUCUUUCUCUUCAUUGGUACAUUUUCCCUUACUUUCAGGGAGAUUUGUUAGAAUAAUGCAAUACCAACAAUUCUCUGCAUGAAGGUGUGGCAUAAAACAUCUGAUUACUAAUGGUUGAAUAAAUUGUGGUCCAAAAAUAUAAUGGAAUUUUAUUCUGCAAUUAAGAUUGGCAAGUCUGAGGAAUAUAAGGAGGUAUGGAUAAUGUUGAGUGUAUAAUGAAGAUCCAGGAGAACGGUGCUAGGAAUGAGAAUGAAUGGAAAACUAAGAAUCCUGAUGGAGACAUAGAGGGCUGGAUUGAAAAGGUGUUUUGGCGUUUUGUAGGUUAAAUUCCAUUUGUUUAAAUGUAAAUAAUUGCAAAGCAAGUUUAAUUGUGUUGAUGUUCAAGAUUGUUGAUAACUUAUAGAGGUACCGGUAUAGUGGAUAGAGAGCUGAUCUCAGAGUUUGGAAGACCGUGGUGCAUGGUGCCUCUGACACCUACUGGCUGGAUGAUGCUGAACAAGUGCUUCUUGUGCUCCCGGCAACUGGGUAACACUAUGAGUUUCAUGACCGACGUGGUCAAAGGGUCUUUCUCACUAUGGGCUCCCUAUACCGAUUAAGUCAAAGUUCAGUCGGAAGUUUUGUAUAUAAUAAAUGUUUUAUUAAAAGAAAAGUUCUGAA